AUGAAUGACGGCAUAGUUCUUCAAACGCAAUUUGGAUCAUCUCGUAGCGUUGAUCCAACUAUUGUUUCUAUACCAUCUGCUACAUCAAUACCAUCAUUAGCAACAAAAAAGAAUAAAUAUUUUUAUCAAUAUAUACUUUCUGGUAUAUUUUUUCUUUUUUUGCUCGUUAUUCUUAUUCUGGUAGCUAUAAUUGUUGCAAAAAUUGUUGCAUAUUCUGCAAUACCGAUUGAAUCAAUAAUAACAACAACUACAAUUACUACUCAAGCAUCGGAAAAAAAUGAAUUAUCUUCAUUAGUUGAUUCAAUUACACUUGAACAUACCCUUAUUCAUCUUCGUCAAUUUCAAAGUCGUGCUAUAGGAACAGUUUCAUUUAAUCGAACAAUAGAUUAUCUUACAUCACAAUUGAAUAAAGAAAAUAAUUUUAUCGUUGAAAAAUAUUAUUUUUCUGUUCCUCGUUCUGAACUCGCUGAGUAUCCAAUUUUUAUAGCUUUACCUAAUAAAUCAAACGCAUCCAUAUUUACAUAUCGAAAAGAUUUUGUUCCUAUGGAUCGAUCAGCUGAAGCUCGAAAUUGGUCAUUUAUUGAUGGUCGACCAUUGUCAAUUGUUGCACGUUUAGGUUGUUAUUUAGAUGAUUGGAAUAAAACAAAAGAAGGUGAUGUAGCUUUAGUUCGGCGAGGUAAUUGUACAUUUGUACAUAAAAUUCUCUUGGCAAUGAGUAAACGAGUUAGUGCAUUUCUUAUUUAUAAUGAUGGACUAACAGUAGAACGUCUUGAACCAUUAAAUAAUACUCGAGCACCAAGAAAUAAUACUUUACCAGCAUUAUUUCUUUCGUAUGAAGCAGGCAUGCAUCUUAUUCUUGAAAAUACUUCUCAUAUUUAUCUGCGAUUAGAAUUUCGAUCACUUCCACCUACUAUUGUAACUAAUGUAUGUGCAGACACGAAAGUAGGCAAUUCCAAUCAAACGAUUGUUGUUGGUAGUCAUAGUGAUAGUGUAUCAGCUGGUAAUUGUCUUUUUUUAAUAAUAAACAAAAAAUAUUAUUCCUUUUUGUGUUUUUGCGUAUUAUUAGGUCCUGGUCUAAAUGAUAAUGGUAGUGGAAUGGCAGCUACAUUAGCAAUUGCAUUGAAUUUAGCUCGUUUACUUGGCCAUUCGAAUUUUGCAAUAAAUAUGCGUUCACGUAUUAAAUUUUGUUGGUGGGGUGGCGAAGAAGCUGGUCUAUUAGGUUCAACAGAUUUUGUGCGACGAGCAAAACUUGAUGGUUCACUUGGAUUAUAUUCUGUAAAUCUUAAUUUUGAUAUGUUAGCAUCACCUAAUUUUAUUUUUGGUAUUUAUGAUGGUAAGACAGCAGAUAAUGAAACAACUCCAACACGUGCUAUACCUGGUAGUAAUCGAAUAACACGUUUAUUUAUUGAUUAUUUUGAACGAAAUCGUUUACCAUGGGAUUAUACGGAAUUUAGUGGUCGAAGUGAUUAUGGGCCAUUUCUUGCUGAAGGUAUUGCUUGUGGUGGCCUAUUUGCUGGUGCUGAUGAUAUUAAAAGUCAAGAACAACGUGAUCGUUAUUUAAAAAUGUUAGGUUCAACAUUAGGUGGAAUGGCAAAUACAGAUCAUGAUCCAUGCUAUCAUCGAAAAUGUGACACAUUAGAAAAUCUUAAUACAUUCGGUUAUUUGCAUAUGGUGAAAGCUGCUGCUUAUGCUAUCGAUUUUCUUGCACAACUUCAAGAUCUUAAUCAAUGGCUUUAUCCAUAG